CUGUGUGUGUGUGUGUGUGUGUGUGUGUGUGUGUGUGUGUGUGUGUGUGUGUGUGUGUGUGUGUGUGUGUUCCCAGGCCAGAUGUGACCCAAAGCUCCUGCAGAGAUCCAGACCCAGUUUCUGGCCUCCUGCAGUGGGUCCACUUAGUGGGUCCGUUCAGUCGUUCGUCUACAAACUGAAUGGGAUCCUGAACCAGCCUGAGGCCGCUGCUUCUCUUGAUGACAGACCUGCUGCGGGGGCGGACCAGACUGCUGACCGGGGGAUAACUCCGGACCAGAGCCCGAACCAGAACCGAGAGAAGAGGCUGGAUCCGGAACAGGCUAUCAGCUAGCUCUAGGCUAACGCCCUGCAGUGCUGCAGCUGAUGUGUUCCCAUGGUAACGUCCAUCAGUCUGUCCGCCGACAGACUCAUUCACAAAAGUCCAGAAUUAUGAAACACAUUCAAGGAGAGAGGGGACAGACGGCCAAACGGUCCACUUCCUCUGAUAAAACAAAACAUGAAAACCGAAAAGAACUUCAAUCACUUCAAUCACCUGACAAUAUUAUUAGGUUUGGAAAAAAAUAUUUAAGUAAAAUAUGAGAAAAAAAAAAUUGUGUUUAUUAAUAGCCGACAUGUAUUUCCAACAAUGUUAAUAGAAAAUUUAUAAGAAUAGUUAUAAUAAAUUCGUAUUACUACUACUGCAUUAAUAACUACUUGGGGUGGCAGUAGCUCAGGAGGUAAAGUAGUCGCCCAAUAACCAGAAGGUUGGCGGUACAAUUCCCCCCUACCCUGAGUCUCUCUGUUGUGUCCUUGGGCAAGACACUUAACCCACCUUGCUCCCAGUGUGUGUCCCCCACUGGUGUAUGAUUGUGAGUGUUGUGUGGUGGUGGUCAGAGGGACUAUAGGCACAAACUGGCAGCCACAUUUCUGUCAGUCUGCCCUAGGGCAGCUGUGACUACUAUGGUAGUUUACCACCACCAAGGUGUGACUGUGUGAGCGAAUGAAUGAUGUAUCCAAUGUAAAGCGCUUUGAGGGUCUCUGAUAAAGCGCUAUAUGAAAUCUGAUGCCUUAUUAUUUUUACUUAAUAAUGAUAAUAAUCACAACAACAAAAACAAUAAUUAUAAUAACAACAACAAUUAUAAUCAAAUCUGAUCAAUUUACACACCCCCUUAGGUUCCUUGUCACAGGUAGGUCAGUAGGCAAGUCCAGACUUUAGUUGUAGAGCUCCACAUAUAGGCCAAGGUGUCACUCUGACUAUGCAAAGAACUAAUCCAAUCUUCAAACUUGUCCAGUACCAGUUCUUGUUUGUUUGUUUUUUGAAGAAGGGUUAUAGGGCACUUGUUCAUAGUAAAAGCAUUACCCACAGAAGAAACUGAAAGCUUGGCCUCUUUGUUAAAGGAGGCUACGCUUUCAGUUUCUGCAGACUGGGCCAGCUCUACAAUGUGAUUUAUGAUUUUAACAAACUCCAAACAAAGAACCCUUUUUGGUCCAAGUGAAAACACAAUUUUUCACCACUUUGCCAUCAGAAAACUGCUCUCAGCACACAGUAACAGCUGUGGAUUAAGAUUAAAUUAUGACAGAAACAUGACAGUAUGAAUUUUGGCUACUCCACAUCCAACCUUUCAGAUACUGUAUUUUUAAUACUCUUAAUGCAUGUCCAUAUUCUCUAUUGGAGUUUAGUUUCUUGAUGCAUGAUCCGACAACAGUCAAAGAUCUGGAUGCAUUUCCAACACGAAUGAAGCACAGGUGCUACACUUGGAUGAGCUUCAGGUAAUCAUAUACUGUAUGUCUGACUGGAAGCCAAAGUUAGAAGCCAAAGUAACAGACCAUAUAGCAAACAUGAAUUGGGGCAAGGUUACGGAUCAUGAGCCUGUAAAUGUCAGGGUAGUCUUUGUGAUUUUAAAACCUGAGCUCUUCAACAGUUUCAUUUAGCAGUUACCCUUGACUCUCUGCUGCCCUGUGUGUUUUGUCUGUCUGUCUGUCUGUCUGUCUGCUGUUUCCUUGUUGUGUUGUUUAUGUGCAUCUUAUUACAUGUCCCGUCUGGACUUCCAUGAGACUCUUCUUAUGAUUGCUGUCCAUGUGACCAAGACUCAGCACGGAUUGAGUUUCACUGGCAUCGAAAUGUGUCUAUUUAUAUCUGUGUUUUUCUGAUUAAUGUGACACAUGUGGGUCAGACACUAAGGCAGAUUUUCAGCGAGGAGGUCCAUUAGAUAAACAUCAGGUUUGUAAGACAGGGAUGGAGAGCUCAGACCUCAGAGCAAAACUAGACUGCUGAAGGAGAAGAGAAGAAGCCCGUCUGUGCUGAAAACCAGGCUCAGACCGACCUUAUAAGAGAUUUAAACCCGAUUCACCGCAAGAACAUCAAGGACGCCAAGACCUGCAGAGACUCAGGUGAAAUCUGUAACUGACAGAAAACAACUUUACAACAUUAUAAUUAAUGCAUUACCAAAAUUGAACAUCAUAUCAACUUUACAGCACAAAAAGUUUACUACGAAACAAUUUUACAACAGAGCAGCAAAACAUCACUGAUGUUUCUAUUUCUACAAUUUAACAGAACAACUUUACGUCAACUUAACUCUGUAUAAACACAAUUUUACAUCAAAACACCUUUACCAGACAAUAACGUUACAACACAACAACUUCACCUCAUUACAACUGCUGUACAACACUACAAUACACAACCAGAACUAAUCAAAACUCAAUGACACAACUUGAAAUCAUCACAUCUUAAAAACAAAAUACAAAAACUUUACAUCACCACAACUUAAUAUCACAACGCAAUCACAUUACAUUACAACAAUUUUUACAUUUUUUCAACUUAACAUCUCGCAACUUAACAUCACAUAAACUUAACAAGACAAAAACUUUCAAAACAGAACAAAUUUCUAACUAAUCAGCUUAAAAGCAAAAAUACAAGUAAAUAACUUUGCAUCAUGCAGCUUUACAACAGGACAGCUUUUACACACAUAACCUUAAUGUUGUCAUACUUUCACAACAUUACAACUUUACAUCAAAAAACUAAACAUCAUUAUAACUUCACAACACAGCAAUUUUACACAUUCAAAACUAUAUAUCACUGCAACUUUACAUCACAACACCUUAACAACACAGUUACCAUACAACACAACAACUUACCACAGUUGAUGUCAACCCAACACAACUUAAUCUUCUAACAUCUUUACAUCACCAACUUUUUCUCAGUGACACUUUGUUUCUCUGCAGGUUACUACGGGCAAUAUGGAGGCUGCUCUGGGGAAUCAUGAUCAUUUCUGUAUUUCUGGUCACAUGACUGACGAAGAGCUGGUACACGUUGCAGUAGAGCGAAGCUUUGAUGAUGCACGCCUGCCCAACAACUGUCAACACACCUUAUCAGUUUUACCAUCAGGACCAUCAUCAGCAUUAUCAGCACCUUCCUCCCUGCUGCAACCAGGAAGACAGACCUCCAUCCCUUCCAGAAACAUCUCUGACCCCCCACACACCUGUGCCACACCAUCCCCGGCCCAGCUUUCAAUCCAUCCACCCCCACAGGUCCCCAACAACGCCAACCCACCAACUGCCCUGUCCCAGUUCCUGUACAGAGGCUUUGAAAGGUAGGCCAGUCCUCGUCCCUCUAACAAUGUCUUCAUCAAAUGGGUCUGUUCUUAGCCAACUGUCUAAGUACUUUGAGUUGGGUUCAACAAAGUCCCACCUAUCCAGGUCCUCAGAUAGUGACAGGGACCAAAGCCAUGUCUCAAAUCUUGAUCAGAAAAUUCCUUUUAUAUAUAUCUGUGCAUUUCUACAUGAACUGAGUUGGACCAGACCCACCAGUCCAAGUCAGUCCUUAGCCAGCUAUCAAAGUAUUUAUAGGCUAAGGUAGUCUAGACCCACCUGUCCAAGUUGUCAUAAGAAGAGUCAGUUUCUAGCAACUAGUUUAAGUAUUCAUUAGCUGAGAAAGAUGAAAUCCCACCAGUUCAAGUCUUUUUUAAAAUGAUGGAGUCCAAAUCUAACCCCAAAGUUUUAUUCAGGGGAGUCAGCCAUAUACACCUUACAAGUCUUUGUGAGCUGAGUUAGCCCAAACCCACUUGUCAAAGUCUUCACAAAAAGCAUGAGUACUGAGCCAGCUGUUCAAGAAUUUAUAGGUUGGUUUAAUCCAGAUCCAGCCAUCAAAGUCUUAAAUUGGUGAGUGAAUCCUUAUCUGUCUGGCUAUAGCCUCAUCAAGUGAGAAGACACACCUAUCCACCUUUACAAGUUUACAUCAGGUGAGGGAAGUGUUAAUCCACCCUUUCAAGUCAUUCAUAGUUCAGCCAGUCCAACUGCCAUUAAGAAAAACAUCAAGUCAUAAGUAGUUUGUGAUUCAGAAUCUUGGACCACUGACUCACAGAUAGACAAAGACAUAGAUAGCCAGACUGUCUGACAUUGAGACAGUCUAUAGAUUCUCAAGACUUUUUCAGUUGUUCAGUGGUUUUCUGUCUCUGUAUUUUGUCUUAGGAAGCUCAGCCCUGUUGAGUCACUUAUCGUAAAUGGGGACACUGACUCCCUGAAGAAUUUGGUCAGACAGGAGUCAAGCAUUUUGAUGGAACCAGAUGAUGGGGGCUGGGUUGCUCUUCAUGAAGCUGCUUAUUAUGGACAUCUGCCGUCAGUCAGAAUUCUGAUCGAUGGUAAGGACGGAUGAUUUAGGGCUUGCAAUUGGACCUUUAAAGUUAUUGAGUUCAGCAGGUUUAGCAAGAUGUUUUAAUCCACUGGGUUUCAUCCUGGCUCCUUUUCCCCACAACAGUAUGUUUGCAGCUUUGAUGGUUUUGGAAACGAUUAUUCUUAUACCGAUGACACUAUUCUUAAGUAUUAUAGUUAUGAACAUUGUGAGUUUAUCUCCACUCUCUGAUUGAGUAUUUCUGCUGUCAGUGCAGAUAUUUUUGUUUUUGUUUUAUGGAGUUCGGUUACAAAUCAAUUAAACAGACCAACCACACCGACUGAACCAAUCAACCAGAUAAAUCAAUUCAAGUAACAAAAUCAACCAACUUAACAGAGCCAUUAAACCAACCAAAACAACCAAACAUAUGACCAAGCCAGGUAAACUAAACCAACUAAAUUGACCCAUCCAAUAGGUCAACCAGACAAAUCAAGAUAACAAACAAAACCAAAACCCAACCAAUCAAUAAAACCACAAAACCAACCAUUUCAACCAACCGGGGCCAACUAAACCAAGUAAACAAUCCAGACAAUCAGUCACACUACAUGAGCUAAACUUAAUGACCUUUGACCUCUGUCUCUCCUCAGCUUACCCUGACUCACUAAAUAAACGCAGCUUGAGGAAUCAGACUCCUCUGCUGCUGGCAGCAAGUCAGGGACAAGUUGCCUGUGUUGACUUCUUCCUGAAGCGCGGAGCAGACCCAAACAUCCCUGAAAAAGACGGAGAGACACCUCUGUUUACAGGUGAGCUAAAGUAAAAGCUGUUACAGCCAGAUACAUAGACUGUAUAUAAGAUGGACAGAGUCUGCCUCCUCGCUGGGUGAAGUCACUCCGAGAACACCUCUGAUGGUGGGCUGCAGUACAGGUCAUAAAUCCUGCCUCCGCCAGCAAAGCUUAUGGGACUGUGGACAAACUUUAGAAAUUUAUUACACAGAACAUACAUUUUUCUCCCCCCUGCUUGUGAUGUUGACAUAUAGUUACAGUAAGACUGGUUUGUCUUUUUUUUCCUUUUUUUUCUGUACAGCUCCGUUUUUAAAAGUUAUUAGGGGGUUCAUGUUUUCUAUGAUUGACACCUGGUACAGCCUAUGGGCGUUCAGGGAUUGCGUAGCUCACCGGGGGGAUACGCUGUUUGAGCCGAGCGUCAUCACAGGGACUCUCGGCGACUGCACGGCCGAAUGCGCGCAUCGCUACUGCGCAGCUCUGGUUUUGAGGAAGUGGAGAAAAACCCGGAAUUACCGAGAGCUAUUUGGCUUCAAAUCCGUAUACAGGCGGAAGGCGGAACCAGGUUGUCCAUAGUAUAUACAGUCUAUGGUCAGAUAUAACAACAGUUACAUCAUCUAUACACUUGGGAAGUGUGGGGCUGUCAGGUAUUCUUUUAGUGUGUGCAGUGUUGUGUUUACAGCGGACUGAAAUGAACUGAUUUACACACUCAAUUCACAUAUAUUUGAAUCCCUGAACAUUUUGGUUGGGUUUCAUCCAUUUAUGUGACAUAUCAUGUCUUCUUGAAUGCCCAAUGUGCACAUUCAUGCAAGAAAGAACGGGCCUCCUUUAUGCCAUUUCAGUGUACUUUCAUCAAAUGCAGUUAAAGUUGGCUUGAUUGCAAGUAUUUGUUGUGGUAUAAUGACUUACCCAAUUCUCUGACCGUCUUACUGACUUCCUCCAAGCAGGCUCUUUUUUACUUCUGUUUAAAUCAAGAAAAAACAAACAAAAAGUAUCAAUGAGAGGAGGGUUGCUCUCAUAAGGGCACAAGUUUCUUCAGUUAAUGUCAAAGUACUGUUUUUGAUGUUUCCAGCCUGUGACAAUCUAAACUGCGCUGUUGUGGAUCUAUUGCUGAGAUCUGGUGCCCAAGUAAACCGUUGCUCCGUUCGGGGGUUUAGUCCUCUGCAUGAGGGCUGUAGACAUGGAAAUGUGGAGCUCUGCAAGAUGUUACUGGAAGCAGGAGCACACCUAGAGACCAAAAACAUCUAUGGCAUCACUCCAUUCUUUACAGCCGCCCAGCACGGCCACGUCGACACCCUGCGCCUGCUUGCCAAGAAGGGUUAAGUAUCCAGUGAUUGUUCUUGCUAAAGCCAAGUUGUUGAUGUUCGGGUGUUGUUAAGUUAAAUCUUUGUGUUUCAGGAGCGGAUAUCAAUAAACAGGCUUUGGAUGGAGCCUCACCACUGUUUGAAGCCUGCAAGAAUGGUCAUAUUGCAGCAGUGGAACUGCUGCUCGCCCUGAAAGCUGAUGCAAACCGAUCCUUGAUGUCUGGCCUGCUGCCUCUCCAUGUGGCUGUUCAGAACAAUCACAUACGGUCUGAUACACCUGUUUUAUAACCCUUAGUUGUUUGUACAGAAAGUAAACACUGAAGUCAUGACUCAAGCAUCUCCAGGGUAUACCUUUUCAGCAGCUGUUCAAUGGUCAGUAAUCUGUUUCUACUCCCAUUUAAAUCCCCAGAGUGGUGACAAUGCUAAUUCCAGUGACAAGCAGGGUGAGGAUCCGGAACUGCGGUAUCAGCCCUCUGCACAUUGCAGCAGAUAAGAACAGGGACGACAUCAUGGAGCUCCUGAUUGAGUCUGGUUUUGACGUCAAUGCACAAUUGUCAGAGGGAAACUCCAAGAUGUACGAGGACCGGCGGAGUACGGCCCUCUACUUCUCUGUGUACAAUGGGAACUUUGAAGCUACAGAGAUGCUCCUGGAGGCAGGAGCCAACCCUAACCUGGAUGUCUUCAACCCUCUGCUCAUUGCUGUUAGGCUUGGCCGGAUCGACAUGGCGUCAAUACUGCUGAAGUAUGGGGCUAAUGUCAAUGCUCAGAUUUCCACCCAGCCAUCAGUGUUUCCAUCGGCCUUACUUCUUCGCAUUGAAAGUCUGCCAAUGCUCAAACUGCUUCUGGACAACGGCUGUGAUGCCUGGCCUUGCUUUUAUUGCUCAUAUAACCAACAGCCACAUCCACCAAUCAUGUCCACAUGCCGUCUCACUGAAAGGCUGCAGGCCAGUGAAGAUACACAGCCUCUGCGCCCCGUUCAGGUGAGUCAAACAUAUCAGUCAGUGUCUUUUAAUGAACUGUAAAAGAACUGUCCUUUAUCGUGUUCCAGUUCUGCGAGGUGGUCUCCAGUCCAUCCUUCAGCCGUGUAAACGGCCCCUUGGUGAACAUGCUGCUCGACUACGUUGACCAUGUGCGACUGUGCUCCCGCCUGCUGGAGUUCUUGGAGAUGUGCAGCGAAUGGGAGGAAAUCAAGCUGAAGGCUGGUAUGAAGCAAACUGGUUUAUGGGAUUUUGAAAGGGGAAGGCAUAGGUUACGACUAGAAUCUAGAUCAUCAUAGGAUGUUGAAACCAAAAUCCAGCUCCCCCAGGGUUAUUUGAAAGGUUUUCCAUGUUUUUCAAUUCUGAUCUAAGGAUUUUUAGUCUUUUCUCCAGAAUAUUUCACUUUGUUUCAUGGUUGGUCUAAGUUCUGUCGAUCCAAAACUGUUUAGGGUUAAUCCAGAACUGUUCUGAUUUUCUCCACUGACAUUAAGGUAUGAAGAUUAAAGUCUGAUCUUGAGCUGAGUCUGGUAUCCAGAUCAGGUGUUGUCUUACCUGUCCUCUUUUUUUUAGCCCCACCUCGUCCUCUGAUGCAUCUCUGCAGGCUGAAGAUAAGACAUCUGAUCGGGGCCCAGAGACUUCAACUGCUCCACACUCUGCCACUUCCUGGUCUACUUAUCCGCUUCUUGUGCCAUGACAUCACCUAUUCACCGCUAUGAACUCACCUGUCCUACCUGCUCACACAACAUUGGUAUUCUCAGCUUCAAGAUCUUCAAGAUCAAUGUUUUAUUGGACACUCAUUUUGGUUCUUUUAUUGAACAGGUAUCAUGCUUUAGAAAACCAUCUUUGUUAUGAAUUUUAGGAAAAAGCUACAGAAUUUUUUGAAUGCAGCAAGAAACCUGACAGCGUAGAGACGGGCAACUUUUACAGUGAUGUCAGAUUUGACCAAUCACAGCUCUGUGACAUCAUUAUCGUACGACUUAAGUGUGUUUUUGCCAUCCUUAGAAGUUUGCUAAAUCAUGCAAAUGCCAGCCCUUGAAUAAACCUUUUCACUGUUUUUUAGUUGAUGUUAAGAGAGUUGUUUAUCAACAAUUUCCUUUACUUUCACUUUGAUCUCUGCUGUUCUGUCAAUUUUAACUGUUUUAAUGAUCUUAAAUUACACUUCAAUAUUUUAUUGAAUUUCAGUUGAAAAAUGCCUCCGCUGUUCCAUGCUUCUCAGACCUGUCGAGUCUUGAGACUUAGGCUAUGUGCUGGGGAGCUCCGGGUCUGAAGCUUGUGACUUAUUCCUUUUUUCUGGGAAACAACUAUUUUCAUAAAUAUUUAGGGUAAAUACAGAACAUACUAAAAAUAAUUAUCUGUUUGUCUUGUUGAUUUUAAAUUGUUUCAAUCUCUUUUUUAUAUUCCAAUAUGUUUCCUUG